CAGGGCCUUGCGCUUGGUAGGCAAGCAUUCUACCACUGAGCUAAAUCCCUAACCCCCUGCUUGUGUUUUAUAGAGCUCAUUUAAGUUGUAUAGGGGGCUGUACACAGGUGGCAUACAAAAAUACUAUCCCAUCUUAUAUAUGUGUCUUCAAUACCCUCAGAUUUGGGGACCUCCAGGCCCUGAACCCAGUCUCCUAUAGAUGCCAGGGAUCACUCAACUCACCUAAUCCUCUGGAAAUGACUUAGAGGCCUUAUGAAUACAUCUGUGCUUUCUUGCUUCAGACUUUACAACUGCAGGCCAACCCAGUCUGGAAGCACUUUUUAUUAAUGUUACAAGGAAACUGCUACCUCAGCAAACAAAAGAAAAGAGAAGACACACAGUAACAAAUGCCAUGUUUAAAGAACACUUGUUCCCAGAAACCGUUGCAGGAGAUUUGGAAGUUUUUAGCACUGAGAAGAAGUUUUCCAGGUAAAUGGAUUUGACAGGCAGGCUCUGUCAGAAUUCUGCAGAGGUGUGUUCUUCCUUAAGGACUUCCCGUGAAGUAACCCCUUCCGCCUAAAUGCUGUUGACCAGCUGGGGUCCUUUUUGGUAUAUAAAAGAUACAUUAUAUUACAUUUUAAAAGUUAAGUUAUUUUUCUGCCAUUGUAAAUGUAAGUAUCAAAAUAUUCUUGCAAAGCAAUUAUAAAUAAACAUUUUCCUCAGCAAGCAUAUCUUCAUCGAGGGUAGGAUGCUGAACAGUUACAGAGCAUUUUGGACACUGUUAUUUUUUGUUAGAGUUCCUACCCACACUGAAAAUAUUAAUUAUAUAAAUCUGUUAUUUUUCUCACCUUUAUGUUGGAUCACAUGGUCACCUGCCUCAUGGAAAUAACUUUUUUAAAACUUAGAUUUGCAGAACUCCACUAUUUUUAUACCUAGCCACAGUUUUGGAAAAAAGGACUCAGAGCGCUGACCUGCCAGUGGUCCCUGGGACAGUUUCCCACCCGCAUGUAUUGCUGCAGUGCCCAGGACAGUAAGAUGGACUACAAGCGGCGCUUCCUGCUUGGCGGGUCCAAGCAGAAGGUGCAGCAGCACCAGCAGUACCCGAUGCCUGAGCUAGGCCGAGCACUGAGCGCGCCUUUGGCGUCCACGGCCCCCUCUGCUCCACUGGGCAGUCUGACCACUGCAGGCAGCUGCCACCAUGCCAUGCCCCACUCUACUCCCAUUGCUGACAUCCAGCAGGGCAUCUCUAAGUACCUGGAUGCCCUCAAUGUCUUUUGCCGUGCUAGUACGUUCCUCACAGAUCUCUUCAGCACCGUGUUCAGGAACUCACACUACUCAAAGGCCGCUAUGCAGCUCAAAGACGUGCAGGAGCAUGUAAUGGAAGCAGCCAGCAGGUUGACCUCAGCCAUAAAGCCCGAGAUUGCCAAGAUGCUCAUGGAACUCAGUGCUGGGGCUGCAAACUUCACAGAUCAGAAGGAAUUCAGUCUCCAGGACAUUGAGGUGUUGGGGCGAUGUUUUUUGACAGUGGUGCAAGUCCAUUUCCAGUUUUUGACUCACGCCUUACAGAAAGUCCAGCCAGUGGCUCACUCUUGCUUUGCAGAGGUAGUUGUGCCAGAAAAAAAGAACAGCAGUAGUCUGUCUGGCAUGGGCCACACACCCGAACUGGAGGAAGCUGUGCGAUCCUGGCGAGGGGCUGCUGAGGCGACAUCUAGAUUAAGAGAGAGAGGCUGCGAUGGACGGCUGGCGGGAAUAGAAGUCCAACAACUCUUUUGUUCUCAAAGUGCAGCAAUUCCUGAGCACCAGCUGAAAGAGCUAAACUUAAAAAUUGACAGUGCUUUGCAGGCAUAUAAAAUAGCUUUGGAAAGCUUAGGCCACUGUGAAUAUGCAAUGAAAGCUGGCUUCCACCUAAACCCAAAGGCCAUUGAAGCAAGUUUGCAGGGCUGCUGUAGUGAGGCGGAAGCUCAGCAGACGGGGCGAAGGCAGACACCCCCACAGCCUAUGCAGUGUGAGCUCCCCACGGUCCCUGUGCAAAUAGGAUCGCAUUUCCUGAAGGGGGUCUCCUUUAAUGAGUCGGCUGCUGACAAUCUGAAGCUUAAGACGCAUACCAUGUUCCAGCUCAUCAAGGAAGCGGGCUGCUACAAUGGAAUCACACCUAGGGAUGACCUUCCUGUGACUGAAGUCCUGAAUCAGGUGUGCCCAUCCACGUGGCGGGGCGCCUGUAAGACUGCCGUGCAGCUGCUGUUUGGCCAGGCCGGGCUGGUAGUUGUUGACACAGCACAGAUUGAAAAUAAAGAAGCCUAUGCACCCCAGAUCAGUCUUGAAGGCUCCAGAAUUGUGGUUCAAGUCCCAUCCACAUGGUGCCUGAAGGAAGACCCUGCCACCAUGUCCCUGUUGCAGAGAAGCCUGGAUCCUGAGAAGACCCUCAGUCUGGUGGAUGUACUCUAUACAGCCGUGCUGGACCUAAACCGCUGGAGAACAGGGAGGGAACAGGCUUUACCCUGUAUACAGAUCCAGCUGCAAAGGGAUAUCUGUGAUUUUGGGAAUCAGGCUGACCUGCCAUCUGGAAAUGGAAGCAAAUCCUCAGGCCUGCAGAAGACUUUCUCCAAACUGACAUCCCGGUUCACAAAGAAAGUGUCAUGCACCAACUCCGGCAGCACACACUAUUCCAAAAACAUCUUCACAGCUGGUUGUUCAGAGGAGAAGGCCAAAAUGCUGGGCAGUAACAUUGAUACACGGUUACAGAGCAUUUUGAACAUUGGUAACUUUCCUAGGACUACAGACCCUUCACAGUCAUCUCAGAAUUCCAGUAAUCCAAUGGUCAAUGGCUUUCUCCUGGAGAGACGUGAGAACUUCCUGCAUGGGGACGAUGGCAAGGAUGAGAAGGGCAUGAACUUACCCACUGAUCAGGAAAUGCAGGAAGUGAUAGAUUUUCUCUCAGGCUUUAACAUGGGCCAGUCCCAUCAGGGGUCCCCACUGGUGACAAGGCGCAACUCUACUGCCACUGCCAUGGUGACUGAGCAGAAGACAGGAACCAUGCAACCACAGCAGCCAUCACUGCCGUUGGCCCCUCCACUACGGCCACCCCAGGCUGGAGCACACACGCCUCUGGCAGCCCAGCAAGGUCUGGCUCCUCAGCAGCAGUCCCCAAAGCAGCAGCAGCCCCAAGUCCAGUUCUACCAGCACCUGCUGCAACCCAUUGGAUCACAGCAGACGCCACCCCAGUCCCGGGCGCCUGGUAAAUGGGGACAUGGCUCAUCUCAGCACCCAUCACAACCCAUGGCAGCGGGUCUGUCUCCUCUUGGUCAGUGGCCUGGCAUAUCUGAUCUCAGCUCUGACUUGUACAGCUUGGGUCUAGUGAGCAGCUAUAUGGACAAUAUGAUGUCAGAAGUUUUGGGACAGAAGCCACAGGGACCUAGGAAUAACACCUGGCCAAAUCGUGACCAAAGUGAUGGAGUCUUUGGAAUGCUGGGAGAGAUUUUGCCUUUUGAUCCUGCAGUGGGCUCAGACCCAGAGUUCGCACGCUACGUGGCAGGAGUGAGCCAGGCAAUGCAGCAGAAGCGGCAAGCCCAACAUGGCCGCCGGCCAGGCAACCCCCGGGGCAACUGGCCGCCCAUGGAUGAUGCUCAUAGGACCUGGCCUUUGCCAGAGUUCUUCACAGAAGGGGACAGCCUGCACAGUGGCUGGUCAGGUGCUCAGGGAGACUCGGCCAGCUCCAGUGAUGAGACCUCUUCAGCCAAUGGGGACAGCCUGUUUUCCAUGUUUUCAGGGCCUGACCUUGUUGCUGCUGUCAAACAGAGAAGGAAACACAGCAGUGGAGAGCAGGAGACCAGCACACUGCCCUCACCACCUCUCCUGACCACAGUGGAGGAUGUGAACCAGGAUAACAAAACCAAAACGUGGCCACCCAAAGCACCAUGGCAGCACCCUUCCCCGCUGCCCAGCACGCUGCCCAGCCCAGCUGCACCACUCUAUGCAGUUGCCAGUCCUGGCAGCCAGUGGAAUGACACCAUGCAGAUGCUGCAGUCCCCAGUGUGGGCUGCAGCCAGUGACUGCAAUACCACCUCCUUCACCUAUGUUCAGACACCACCACAGCCCCCACCUCCACCAGCACAUAAGGCAGCACCCAAGGGCUUCAAGGCCUUCCCUGGGAAGGCGGAACGGAGGCCAGCCUAUUUGCCCCAGUACUGACCACAGCUAGCCUGCUGCCCAUCAAAGCUGUUGGGGCAACUGUCCCCAGGGCUAACUAGCUGAUACUAGCCCCCAGAAGGACCAGUGCACCCUGCCCCAGGGACAGAAAUAAUCCUUGGGUCAGAAGUGAUUGGCAGCUCCAAGUCUUUGAGGCCUGCUUUCUCAAACUUUGAAGGUAGCAGACCCCUGGGAGGCAGCUGAAGAUGGAGAUUUCUGACACUCAGGGGAUGCUGGCAGUCUAUAUUUGUUUAAUAAGCACCUCAGAUAAUCCUGGUGCGGGUGGCAAAGGGCCACACUUGGGAAAACACAGUCUGAAGGUUGUCAGUCCUGCAUGUGGGAAAGGCAUGAGGCCUGCAGGCUGAGAACAAAACUGACCAUUCUUUGAAGCUCUCUCUUUAACAUACUGAGUGGGACCCACACCCAUCACUGAUUUUAUAGAUAUUUCUCAUGUAGGCUUUCACUUAAAAAUGUCUCCUGCCUAAAAUGCAGUGGUAUCUUAAGAUCCCAGGUACACUGGCUAGAGGUUAGUUAGCUCAGCACUGUCUUUGGUUAAGCUUAGACAAGAUGCUAGUGAUCAGAAGCAGCCCUCUGGCUUCCCAUGGCCGGUAGCUCCUCUGAAGCGCUCAGGGGUGCAGGUUCGUGUAAUUCACAGAGCAGGACUGGGAACUGCUGUCAGCAUAUUCUGGCUGCCCGCCCGCCCGCCCAGGGGGUGCAGCUGGUGCAUGCCGAGUCGUGAAGCUACAGCCGCUGCCCUCAUUUCUUUUCUUUCACCAUGACCAGGGCAGCACUAGCACCAUGCUCCUCGACGGAAGGGACUGGGAGGGGAGGGACUGCACCAAGACCCCCACACUCAGAACCACAGUGACAUUUGUGAGCUGGCUCAAAGACAAAGGAAUUAUGGUGUAGACAGGAAUUCAAAAUCUUUGUUUAGUCACCAACAAAAAAAACCUCACUUUUAGUUAACAUGUGCCAUUAAACAAAUGACACUCCGUGGGUUUGGGGAGAUUUUCCAGCUAGGAUGGAUCCAGAAUAAUUGAAUGGUGCUUAAAUUGAGAAAUAAUAAAUAUAUCUAUAUAGAGUAGACAUUUCCCACUAUAUAUUAAUUGAGGUUGCAUAAAGUUCUUUAUAUAAAACUUAUUUAAAAUUUUCAUAUUUCAUCUUUGAAAAUGUCUAAUUGAGAAAAAUUCAUGAUAUUUUCUGGUAUGAAAGUUUGACAGUAUUAAUUUUUUUAUAUUUUCUUAAAUCAUUAAACCAUUUUAAUAUAUGUUAACUACUAAUAAAUGGUUUAUUCUUUCUAACUCCAUGUAAGCUUUUCCAACGAAGAUUGUAAUAACACAUUUAUGUUCUCAUUUUUCUACAGAUAAAUUUAUAUUUAAAAAUACCAAAAAAAAACCCCUAUGUAUACACACCACACAUGCACACACACAUUCACACACAAGAAAAUUAUUGAGGACCUGUAGGGUGUCUGAGCCCAGCCACCUGCGUCUUUAGUACUGUGUCUCUAGGCUGCCUGAGGCCUCAGCUGUUGUCAUUCAUGCUGUGGGUGCCAUGUCUGCCUGUCCUGACGAUCCUUCUCAGUGGCUUCGGAAUAUUCACCUCACCAUGUUUACAGAGAACUAUUUUGUAUAUAGAGUUUUCCAGGCACGUACUUUGCACCAGCCCUGCGUGGCUGCUGUCUGUGUUAGCUGUCACAGUGUGCACACUAAUCUGUUCAAAGUUCUUGUGGCUGUUUUACUUGUAAAAACUUUCUAUUUCCUUCAGUAAUGUGUCCACAGUGCCCUGUGUUUCGAGUUCUAGUCUACUGCAGUACUCUCAUUGUCAUAGUGCCUCCCUGAAGACCUCACCCUGGGCCAAGGUCGCUCCUCGGUGCCCCAGCACAGGUGACACUGCUAAUUGUCAUCUCUGGUCUGUUUUUCUCUAUUAAGGACAACGUUUUGUCUCCGUGGCUGUGAGACUGUGUGAAUCGGUUUGUGUGGUCUCCACGUAGGUGCUGUCUGCACACCACCUGCUCUAAACACUGGUAAUUCCAGGUGCUGCGCUUGGCAGAGGCAUCUCUCCAAAGCGCAUGUAUGUGUGAGUGUCCUUAGCACGGCCAAGCAUGGCUGCCUUGCUCGGCAUCAGCAGGACAUCAUGUGACUAGUUGUGACCUUCCAAACUGGAACUCUACAUUUUGUAUCUUACUUUUAAAGCUCCUAUAAGUAAAAUAACUUGGCUUUAUUAAAAUAUACAUUUAAUAAUA